AUGGUUGACGAUGCUCAUGGCAAUGACAUGGUUGGUGAUGUUGAACGUGCUAUUUUGGAACAGAAAUUUGAUUCGAUCGAAAAUGGAGAAGCUUUCUACAAUGCGUAUGCUAAAGCGAAAGGAUUUAGUAUACGAAAAUCCAGAUUUAACACAAAUAAAGAGGGAAAGGUCGUUAGUAGGCUAUGGUUGUGUUCAAGGGAAGGUCAGAGAUUACCAAUAUACUUGGACCGUGUUGCUGAGAAGAGUAGAGCUCCCAAGGCACUAACAAGAGUAAGUUGCAAAGCCCAAUUUUGCAUACGGUACGAUGCAGAUGCUGGUGAAGGGGAAAAGUAUGUUGUGACUCACUUCGUCACAGACCACAACCAUGAAUUGGCGGAACAACACUGUGUGAUGUAUCUGAGGUCACAUCGCAGUUUAAACAGUGCUAACAAAGCUCAAGCAAUGGCUAUGCGCAACGUUGGUGUGAAGACUAGCCAAAUCAUGGACUAUAUGGUAAAUCAAUCUGGGUCUUAUGAGAAUGUUGGUUUCGUCCGUACGGAUCUGCACAACCAUAUUCAAGCCGAACGUAGAGCAGAAGUUGAGGAUGGUGAUGCGCAGGGUGCGUUGGUUUACCUAUGUGCAAAACUUGAUGUUGAUGCACGUUUCUUUUACAAGUAUGAUGUGUGUAACGAUAACAAGUUACAAAAUCUGUUCUGGGCAGAUUCGAAAUUGCGGGCCAACUACGCAAAGUUUGGUGAUGUGUUGAUAUUUGACUCAACUUACAAAACCAAUGCAUACAAGAAGCCUUUUGUCAUGUUGGCUAGUGUGACUAGCCACUUUAGGACCACGAUAUUUGCAUGUGUUUUGCUAGCUAAUGAGACAAUUGAGACAUACACAUGGGUUUUGGAAACAUUUAUGGAGGCGAUGGGCAAUAAAGCACCUGUGUCUGUACUGACAGAUGGGGAUAAGGCGAUGCGAGAGGCAAUCAGAAGAGUAUUUCCAGACGCAAGACAUCGAUUAUGUAAUUGGCAUCUUGGGAAAAAUGUUGUUUCAAAUGUUCACAUUAGUGGCUUUGCACAUGCUUUCAAGCAGUGCAUGGACAUGGAAACGGAUGAGACAAAGUUUGAGCAUGGCUGGACGACAAUGGUCGAAAAAUUUGGACUUCAAACCAACAAUUGGGUGUUGGAGACAUAUGAGAAGCAUCAUAUAUGGGCCAAGGCAUAUAUGCGUGGACAUUUCUUUGCUGGGAUGAAGAGCACUCAGCGCUCGGAGUGUAUGAAUGCUUAUUUCAAUCCCUUCCUCCAACACAAAUUUAAGCUAUAUGAAUUUGUUAGGCACUAUGAUCGGGCUCUUGCAAGGAUAAGGUAUAACGAGGCUGGAGAUGAUGCUGAAACAAAUAACACUUUUUCAACAAGGGCUGCAAGCAAGGAUGGCCAGCAAUGGCCUCAACCCUCAAUUGAUAGCACUACAACACAGACGGCCCGGUAUGGGAUAUUGAGUUCUUCCUACAACGAAAUGUGUUUCUAUGCCUCGCAAUCAACGGAAGGUUUCAAAGAGGCUAAGGAUGCAUGUCUUCCGAUGACGAGCUGGAUGAAGGAGUUAUAUGAGAGGAAUCUGAACGAUGGGAAUGGAGACAAAGGGAAACAUUCAUUCCCUCGACAAUUUGGAGUAGAAGAUCCUGAUGUUGUGAAGACAAAAGGGAACCCAGGAUGGGCCUCGUCUAACUGUUGCAGACUAAGAAAAUGUGGGAAUUGCAAAUGCAUUGGGCACACAAAGCGAACGUUUCCUAAGGUUCGGUUUAGCCGAACAGUGGGUACUAACUCAGAUGCAGAUACACCCCACAUAACUCACCAUGAGUACAAUGCGGAGUCAUUGCCCGUUCGCUGCAAAACCGGGUUGGUGGAUCCAAGUACAUCGGAUAUUAAGCAACGGUGA